UCCUUGCGACUCCGCCACCAUGUUCGAGGCGCGCCUGGUCCAGGGCUCCAUCCUGAAGAAGGUGCUUGAGGCGCUUAAGGACCUCAUCAACGAGGCCUGCUGCGACAUCAGCUCGAGUAGCGUGAACCUGCAGAGCAUGGACUCGUCCCAUGUCUCCUUGGUGCAGCUCACCCUGCGCUCCGAGGGCUUCAGCACGUACCGCUGCGACCGCAACUUGGCCAUGGGCAUGAACCUCACCAGCAUGUCCAAAAUACUGAAAUGUGCUGGCAAUGAAGACAUCAUUACACUAAGGGCUGAAGAUAACGCGGACACCUUGGCACUAGUAUUUGAAGCUCCAAAUCAAGAAAAGGUUUCAGACUAUGAAAUGAAGUUAAUGGAUUUAGAUGUUGAACAGCUUGGAAUUCCAGGACAAGAGUACAGCUGUGUAGUAAAAAUGCCUUCUGGUGAAUUUGCACGUAUAUGCCGAGAUCUCAGUCAUAUUGGAGAUGCUGUUGUAAUUUCCUGUGCAAAAGAUGGAGUGAAAUUUUCUGCAAGUGGAGAACUUGGAAAUGGAAACACUAAGUUGUCACAAACGAGUAAUGUUGAUAAAGAAGUGGAAGCUGUUACCAUAGAGAUGAAUGAACCAGUUCAGCUAACUUUUGCACUGAGGUAUCUGAACUUCUUUACAGAAGCCACUCCACUCUCUCCUACAGUAACACUCAGUAUGUCUGCAGAUGUACCCCUUGUCGUAGAGUAUAAAAUUGCUGAUAUGGGACAUUUAAAGUACUAUUUGGCUCCCAAGAUCGAGGAUGAAGAAGGAUCUUAGACAUUCUUAAAAUU